AGAAGCACAAACGCUUAUUCUGCCGUUUCUUUCUACCAAAAGUUUCUCCGCAUCGGCCCGCCUCUCUCGCUCGCUAAGAUGGUCUUCUAUUUUACCUUAGCGUCCGAUGCGUCGGUCAUGUGCUACAUGGGCCGUGACAAGUUUGAAAACGAAGAGCUAAUCAAGUUUGGCUGGCCCGAGGACAUCUGGUUCCACGUCGACAAGCACAGUAGCGCACACGUGUACGUGCGCCUGCCUCCUGGCAAGGGCAUGAAGGACCUGACGCCCGAAAUGAUAGAGGAGUGCUGCCAGCUCACCAAGGAGAACAGUAUCGAGGGGUGCAAGCUGAACGAUGUGCGUGUUGUGUACACCCCCUGGAGCAACCUGAAGAAGACGAACGAUAUGGCGGUGGGUCAGAUCGGCUUCCACAAAGAGGAACUGCGGCGCUACCACACCAUCGGCAGCAAGAACCGCCAAAUGCUGAAGGCGCUAGAGAAGACGCGCGUGGAGAAGAACGACGUUGACUUCCGCAAGCUGCGCGAGGAGCGCGAUAUGGAGGAGCGCCGCCAGCAACGCGCAGACAAAGCCGAGAAAGACAAGCAGGACCGCCUUGACCAGGAGGAGAAACAGCGCCAGGCCGACCUUCGCUCGUACAAAGGCGUGAUGGACGACAACAACAUGCGUGUUAACAACGGCGAGGUGCCUGAUGAAGAUGACUUCAUGUAA